GUGCACCAACGCGGCACACCCCCGGUACUGAUGCAUAUUAUACACACUCUCCUUGUGAAACAACUGUCAAAAUUGUCACGAGAGGAUGAAUUUGUCUAUGCACUCCAACAUUCUGAUUAAUUAUUAUCAAGGCAAAAUAAAUACUCGUUUUUAGUGGAAUUUCCAUCAGCAAUGUCAUCAAUCAAGAAAGAGCUCUACAAUCACUCCUUUGACGAUGUCAUGAAUCAGGCCGACGUAUCGGAAAAGUUUUUCCAUGUUGAAUCGAAAAAACUAUGCAGAUCGGCCAAGGGAAUUUACGUUGCAGCCCAGGAGGCUGAUCGUGGUGGUGAUGAGGAAUUAGCCUUCAUAUUUUACAUGCGAUACAUCACGAUCAUUAAAUCGCUGCAAAAGAAAGCCGAUUUUCGCAGCAAACAAACCGAAUUAACAGCAUUGUUUGGUGGCAACGAUUGCCUUCGCAAUGCAUUGAAUACUGCUGAGGCUCUGCGAAGAAGUUUGAUUUCCAGAUUCAACGAAAGGGAUAAUCCGAAAAAGACGCCGUCCACAGAAACGAUACCUGCAAUUAACAGUCAACAGAAUGGUAGUAGCAACAAACCACGAUCACCGAUACCAGUACCAGACUUAUCGCAAAAUGAUUCGUGUCGUGGAUUCGUCUCGACAAAAGAACUGUUCCGCAUCAUUGAAGACGGACAGAACAAUGUUCUCAUCAUUGAUUGUCGCCCGGAAAAUGAUUUUAACGAGUCGAAAUUGAAAUAUAUUCAUUGCGUGAACGUUCCAGAGGAAAUCAUAAGAAAUGGCAUAUCAGCUGGCACAAUUCAGAGUCAAUUGUCGACUGAAUCGAAAGCGCUGUGGGCAUAUCGAUCGAUAAAGGAAGACAUAAUUUUGAUGGAUUGGGACAGUGAAACCGACCAUCUAAAUGCUCCGAUUUCGACGCUGAAAAACAUCUUGUUGCAUUGGGAUCCAGAUGUGCAUUACAAAAAUCCAAUUUUAAUUUUAAACGGUGGCUACGGUGGUUUCAUGGAUUUCUAUCCAACGCUAACAACGAACAGCCGAAAUCGUCGUCCGCGGACACAUUUUGAAUCAGAAAUGGAUAUCAACCUAGAUGAUAUCGAAUAUUCAAAUAUUAAUGAAGUGCCUAUGCGAGACGAGCGAAUUUUUCAUCAGUUGAACGAUGUUCCAAUAGUCGAUCGGAGCAGCAAAGCUGCGGCUGAAAAACUGUACUCGGAGGAAUUGCAACAGAAAAGGGAAAAACUGUUGGAUGAACAAAUCGAUAAUGGUCAGAGCCUGUUAGACAAGAUAAUGGAAUUGAAAAACGAAAAUAUUCAAAAAUACGAUGGAGAUGUAACAAAGUUGGAAGAGGCCCGUCUGAACAUUAACAAUGAACGAAUCGAGCUGGAAGACAAACAGGACGAAUUAGAACAACUGAAAUUAAAAUAUGAUCGGCUGCAAGAACAGCUUCAGGCGGAACAGGCUGCCCAUGAACAAUUCCGCAAUUCUGUGGACAGCACAAUGAAUGCAGAGAUUGAAAAACGAAUAGCCGAAAAAGAGGCGAAGGAAAAUGAUCUGCGAAUAAAGCGUAAACGAGAGGCGGAGGACAUCGAAAGAAAGCAACGCGAAUCGGAGAUGGUGGCCAGGGCACGGCUGACAAAACCGAAACUUCCAGCAUUUGAUAGGGGUGCCAAACCGCAGCGCAUCAUUCCCGACAAUGACAACGUUAUUAGAAAUUUCUCGGGACAAGGUCACGCUUCGGGUCCCGGGCUAACUGGACUUGUCAACCUAUAUAACAAUUGCUAUAUGAACAAUAUCGUACAGUGCCUAAGCAACACAACCGAUUUGGCUGAAUAUUUUCUCAGCGACCGAUACAAGCUACACAUAAAUCGUGCCAGCGAAACGCAUGGUCGUAUCGUAGAGGAAUUGGCUGCCUUAUUUAAAGAAAUUUGGUGCAAACAGUAUGCGCACAUUGGAAGCAUUGAUUUUCGAAAUACAGUUGGCCAUUAUCAUGCAAUGUUUUCGGGACCCGAUCAUCAGGAUUCUCAUGAAUUUUUACGUAUACUAAUCGACUGGAUGCACUUGGAUUUGGAGACGUUGAGUCCGGAAAUACCACGAGGCAGUUUAACUGCUGCCGAUAAAGCGUGGCUCACGUUUGUGAAAAAUAAGGAGAGUGCAAUUUUUCGACUAUUCUACGGACAGUUUAAGAGCACCCUGAAAUGUGUCGAAUGUAAAUGUGAAAGUGCAACAUAUGAUUGUUUUUCGGAUCUCAGUCUUCAAGUGCCAUCCGUAUCCAGAGAAGUUACGUCCACUGACAUCGACAAAUGUUUGGACAAUUUCUUUUACGGUGAAUAUAUUGACGAUUGGGAAUGUCCAAGAUGUAAAGACAAACGAAGAGCGAUUAAGAAGCUGGACAUUUCAAAAUUGCCGAAAAUUCUCGUCAUUCACUUUAAAAGAUUUCAAGUCGAUUUGAACGAUUGUGGUAGAUUAGUGAACAGUUCGAAGAAGCAAAUAAACAUUUCGUUCCCAUUGGUUGGAUUGAAUAUGUCCAAGCAUAUAGCUCCGUCGGCCAAGGCUAUUAAUCAAACCAAACAGUUGUACAAUUUGUAUGGCGUGUCAAAUCAUUAUGGGACGUUGACGGCGGGUCAUUAUACUGCUUUUUGCAAGAGCAGAGUACUUCAAAAAUGGUUUAAAUUUGAUGACAAGAAAGUAACUCAACUGGAUCCGUCGGGCAUACAGAGUAGUGCUGCAUACAUUUUAUUUUAUACGAAUGACAGCAGUUUGCUUCUGAGUUGAUGAAUCGACUAUUCGGUGCAGGGGAUCGAUGCAAAAUUGAAAUUGAAAUAAUUUAUUUGUUAUGCAUUUCAUAAUAUAAAUAAACAGUUGAACACUCCAAAA